AAAUCGUAAGUGGAAACACUGUGUUGCGCGCGUUGCGCAUGUAGUCAGAGAAACGCGCAUAAUUUUAUUUUUGAAACCGCGGAAACCCGUAGUCUAAGAGAAUUAUAAUAUAUAUGAAAAAAUACAACGGAGUUUUUUAUAAUACCAGAAAAGCUUAGCACGCUUUUAUUAUUGAAAUAAUACAUUGUAUGUUAAAUGAUUAAACCAUGGAUUUGUUCUUAAUUAACAGGUAUAAAGAUCCUGGUGAAGAUAUAGAUCUGAUUCAUGAAGAAACAACACGCUUGGAAAAGUUAAAAGAAAAAAUUGAAGAAAGGAAAAAAGCAUUUAUUAAAAAGGAAGUCCCAGCAGUUAUUCAUAUAAAAGAUGUUCCAGUUGAGGCAGCCAGUAAUAACAUAAUUACAGACAAUAAGAAAGAAAAAGAAAAUGAACCUGAAUUAAAUGAAAUUACAAAAAGUCAGAAUAGUAAAUCUAAAGAAGAAGCUGCUAUUGAAUUUAAAGUUUUGGGUGCAAGUGAUUUUGAGAAGAGAACAAAGGUUGCAAGAAUAUUACCCUACUGGUUGUCACAUUCAUUAAGUAUUUCAACAGAUUUACAAAAUGUAUCAUGUUUAGUAGAAGAACAAACAUGGUUGCACAACACACUAAAAUCUAAUUUACUAAAUGAAGGAAUAAAACACUUAUUUCCAGUACAAAGUCAAGUAAUCCCAUUUGUGUUAAAUGAGCAUAGGAAGCCAAAAGUAUUUCGGCCACAUGACAUAUGUGUUUCUGCACCCACAGGCAGUGGUAAAACACUAACAUUUGUUUUGCCAAUUAUCCAGCUUUUAAUCAAUGAGGUGGGUUGCCACAUUAGGGCUCUUGUGGUUCUUCCUGUCCAAGAAUUAGCUGCGCAAGUAGCUAAUGUCUUCAAGAAAUAUAGCACUAAAACACAUUUAAAAGUUGCUUUGUUGAGUGGUUCUGUACCACUGCAUCAAGAACAACAAAAAAUAGUAAAGUAUACAGAAUCAUCAGGAUGGAUCAGUGAAGUAGACAUUAUUGUCUGUACUGCUGGAAGACUGGUAGAACAUAUACAAAACACUGAUGGAUUUUCAUUAAAAUACUUAAAAUUUCUUGUAAUAGAUGAAGCUGAUAGAAUAAUGGAUCAUAUACAAAAUGAUUGGCUUUAUCAUGUGGAAAGACACAUCAAAUUAGAAAAUGAAUUAAUGGCUGGAAAGGCACCAGUUUUAAAUUGGUGUAAUCUCAAUGAGCAUAUUAAACCUCCUCAUAAGCUAUUAUUCUCUGCCACACUAUCACAAGAUCCUGAAAAGUUAGAACAGUGGGGGCUGUUUCAACCAAAACUAUUUUCAACAGCAGUAACAGGUGAUUAUGAAGAUGAUGACCAAAUAAGACAAUAUUCUACUCCAGCAGAACUAAGGGAAAACUUUGUUGUAUGUAAUGCUGAAAAUAAACCAUUAGUUCUUUAUCAUUUAUUGGUGGAACAGAAAUGGGACAAAGUGAUAUGUUUCACAAAUGCAGGAGAUGCGGCACAUAGGUUAACAGUGCUUUUAAACAUAUGGGGAAAAGAAAAUCUUACAGUAGCAGAACUGUCGGCAAACUUGGAUAGGUCAACUAGGGAAACUGUUAUAAAGAAGUUUACACAAUCAAAAAUUAAUGUAUUGAUCGGCACAGAUGCAUUGGCAAGGGGCAUUGAUAUUCCGGAUUGCAAUUAUGUGGUGUCAUAUGAUCCACCAAGAAAUAUUAAAACCUACAUUCACAGAGUUGGACGAACUGGAAGGGCAGGAAAAAUUGGUCAAGCUGUAACUAUAUUAUUACCUAACCAAACAGGUUUCUUUAAGGAUCUGUUAGUAAAGGGAAGAAAAUCCGUUAUUCCAGAAAUACGAAUACCGCAAGAUGUUUUCGAUCGAUUAUCAAUGAGCUACGAGAGUGCAAUACAAAAAACGAAAGAGCAAAUUCACGUUGAAAUAAAUUCAAAAGUACAAAAGUCUAUUCAAAUUAAAAGACAUAAAACGAGGCCACAAAAAAGAAAACAUGACAUGGCGUAAUAAUAAUUGCGUAGCUCAAAUAAACUGUUUUAAAUUGUUAUAAUA